AUGUCUUCCUCGUUCGACCCGUCUCUUUCGACAAGCGGCAUGCGGCCACCCCUGACUACCGCGGACGCGCCCUCAAUGGCAGACUCGCUUCCCAGUAUAAACUUUGGAUUUGAAGAUCUACGUAACCGCAUGGCUCAUUUUAGCAUGCAAUUUGAUGCGUUUAUUGAGCGAGGCAGGAAGCAAGUCUUGGAGGAGAGGAAUCAGUUCAGGCUCAAUCUGGCAGAACUUCAUGAGGACCAACGGAUGAAACAGAAGGAUAUCGAAAUAUUGAAUCUCAAGUCGCAAACGCACGAGCAAACACUUCAAAAAGAGGCUGCUGAAGCUGCUGAAAUGCAUGCCGCCAUCUCCUCUAUUACGUUAGAGCGCGAUUCCCGUCUGGUCAAGCGGGAUCGCUUAAGGCAGCAGAUUGCGGAGACACAAAAGUCUAUCAACCAGAGACUUGAUGCACAAAAGGCCCAUGCUCGAAAUUUGGAUGCUCAAUCUCGCCUUAACGUUCCGGAACUCGACUUCUGGCAAGAUUAUCUGUGUCUUCGGAUUGAAGGAGCGGGGAGGGAGGAUCGGUUGAAAUUCAUUUAUAGUCACUUGCUGGAAAAAGACUGGGAAGCAGAGGCUUGGUUUGAACUUGGGACAGCCAGUCGGGAUUAUGAAGUGUUCCACAUGCGUCCCAAAUUAGACAGGGAGGCCCUCGAACAAGAACUGGACAUUCUCAACGAGGAUCGUGAUUUUGGCGCGUUCUUGAAAAGGAUGCGCAAAUUGUUUGUUGAGGCAUUGAAAUGA